ACCUAACAGUCCGCAGCCUGGAUCCGCGGCUCUCGCCGAGCGGGUGGGAGAUGGACGCCCGCUCGGUGACCAGCAGGGAGGCCGUGGAAGAAGACGGAGAUGUGGAAAACCUGGACUCGCGGCUGCCGGGGCUCGACUCCAGCACCAGCCUCCAGACCGCAGCCGAGCCCGCGGAGCCCGCGGAGCCGGUGAAGCCGCAGCCCGAGGCCGCGGCCGUAGAGGCCUCGGAGGGGGCCGCCGCCGCGGCUGAGCAGGCCGAGCCCGGGGAGGGGCCGGGGGCCGCCGAAGCCGCGGCCGCGGCGGGGCCCGAGGAACCCGCGGAGCCCGAGGCCGAGCCAGGGGAGCCAACCGAGGCCGGGCCGGAGGAGGUGGAGGACGACGGGGAGAAGAGGGACGAGGAGGAGGAGGAGAAGGAACAGCAGCAGCAGGAGGAGCAGGAGCAGGAGUGGAGGAAGAAAGAAGCCCCAGCCCAGGCCUCUCCGCGGCUGUCCACGGUCAUCGGAGAAGAGGCAGCUCCAGUCCGGGAAGCUGAGAAAGAGAAAUGGGAGGAGGAGGAGGAGGAAGAGGAAGAGGAGGAGGGAGAGAGUGAGGAGACUGAGGGAAAGGGUGGGGAAAGAAGCCAGGUGAAAAGUGAGGGCGAAGGCAGAAGUCUGGACCUGACCAUCGAGGACGAGGAGGACAAGGAGGACCAGGGCUGGUCAGAGGAGGUGCAGAAGGAGCACGAGCAGCGGCUGCGCGCCGAGCUCCUGGAGCAGUACCGCACCCUCCUAGCCAAGCGCAGCCGCUACCAGCGGUACAACAUGUACCUGCAGCACAAGAUCUACGAGGCUCUGUGCAAGAAGGGCCUGGAGGCGGCUGAGGUGCCAGACAAGGGCUUGGAGUCGGAGGCCCCUGAGAAGGAGCAAGCCUACCUCCGCUACCUGGCCAUGCUGGAGGAGCUGAAGAAGCAAGAGGCCGACGACCUGGACUGGUAUCACCAGGAGCUGGACCAGCUGAAGCAGCAGUGCCAGCAGAAGCUCACCAGGGUGGAGAAGGAGUGGCGAGCCUUCCAGGCCCUCAAAAAGCAGGUGGUGAUGCAGGCCAUGGGCAGCUGCUGGCUGAGGGGUGGCCGGCAGGCGGCCCUGCGGGAGGUGGAGCAGAUCCAGGCCUUGGAGGAUAAGAAGGAGAAGGAGAUGAGCGCUGUGAGGCUGGAGAACGUGCAGCUGAAGCAAAGCCUGGUGCACUUUGAAACCAGGAUGCGGGCCCAGGAGGACCUGACCGAGGGUCUGCUGCUCAUCGACUUCGAGCAGCUCAAGAUCGAGAACCAGACGUUCAAUGAGAAAGUCGAGGAGCGGAACGAUGAACUCCUAAAGCUGCGCAGCAAGGUGACCAACAACGUGCAGGUGAUAACCCACAUGAAGGAAAAGUUGCACUUUAUGGAGAUCGAGAACACGUACAAAAAGGCCCAGCUUGCGGAAAUCAAGGCUAAGGUGGCCCUAAAGAGGGACAUCCUGACCAAGACAAAGCAAGCCCGAGACAGCCUGCGCACUGACAACGUCAAGCUGAAUCAGAAGUGCGGGCUUCUUGGCAAGGAAACGCUUCUCCGGGACCUGGAAGAAAAGGUGGACAAGACCGAAGUGCUCAACGAGCGCCUGGAGUCCCUGCGGCGCCAUCAUGCCGGCCUGGCUCUGUCCUGCAAGGGUAUGAGGCAGAAGAUCAGGGAGGCCAAGGCCUUCCUCCCCUCUUGACGGGCUGAUGACAAGAGCCGCAGAACUUCCUCCAUCUCAGCCAACUUUAUCUGUCACUAACUUGCACUCUCCAUUUGUUGCCGUUCUGUCAAAGGCUGAUGACAUUCGGAAUGGAACACUAUUUUGAAUUUACAUCUUUUUUUCAGCUUCCAAAUUAGUGCUGAAUCAAAACUGGGUUUGUAAUCAGUUUUGGAUGGGGUUAAGCAAAAUGGGUCCAGAGAAAUCAUCCAGGGAUGACUUAGUGGGCCUGACUUCUGCUAAAAAGAUGUCAGAAGUUCUGUUGUACCUGAGCAGUUCUGCCAUCUCGAUGCCUUUGUACGAAGGAGUACUGCCCCUCUGCCACAUGGAGAGGGGGCUUAGAAGUUCAACAGAUGGGCAGGGUACGAAAGAAUUCCUGCACACGAAGCUAAUUAUUAAAAUACCUUUGAGUUUGUUAAACUCCUUGAGUCACUGUCUCAAGUAAAAGCUCACCAAUCCCCCUAGACUAUUCCCCAAAUUACUUAAAUUGGUUUGUAAGUAACCAGCACUGGCUUCUGUGGUAAUAAAAAGUCUUCAGAAAGCAGAAACGAUAAAACUAGGAAAAGGAGCUGAAGUUCAUCUCUUUUUCAAUGAGAGGCUUGGUCUACUAACUGUCCAUGGUUUGUUUCAGGCUCAAUGAGAGAUUUCAGUUCUCAUCCAACUGUUUCUGGGAUCCUCUAAAGAAAUAUUUGCUCUGUACAGGAAAGUGAAAUUUUGUUUUCCAGUAAAAACAAAGUGAUGACUGCAUUGGGUAUUUUGCCAGGUGCAAAGUAUAUGGAGCAGUUACUGCUGAAUGUCCAUAAGCCUUUUAAAAAUAUAUUUUUUAAAAUCUUGCCAACAGGACCCUCACAUGAUGUCAUUAUCAAAUAUUAAAAUAUUAAUAUACAAAAUACUCGAUAGGUCUAUUAACAAUCUGGAUUCAGUGAGGACAUUGUCAGUGUUCUCUGAUGUUUUGGGAGCUGGAGACUUGAUUUCACUUCUUUCAUCUUGGGUUCCAUUUUGACAUGUGCAGACCUGGGAUUCAGAGAUUCUCCCAGUCCUAAACUUAAGCGGGCCCUAAGAAGGAUGGUCUCAUUUGGUGCUAGAGACCCUAAAGAAUGGUAGAAGCCCCACUCUGGGCAGACGACUCAGCUAGUCCUGAGUGUUGAGGGGAAAACAUCCCAGUAACUUCUGGUGACUUCCUCUCCUUUUCUAAAGUGUGUGCACUUUGAAAUCAGUGCAGGUGGAUUAAAACUCCUUCCCUAACUUCCCUAGCUUGAAUACACUGUUACUUGAUAAUACUAUACUUACCAAACCACACAAGUGUAACAAUGAAG